UAAGAAACCCUGCUUCACCCUUAGAAGAUAAAGAAGGCUGGCUCCUGUUCCUAGCGCCGAAUGUGCUCAGAAGCGUAUAGGCUGAAGAAGCGGGCAGUGAUAAAUUGGCUCAUGAGAGUGUGUGAGGAGGUUCAGAGCCCAUGGGGCUCUUGGCCUGAAGUUUCUUGAUCAAGAAAAUGGAACCUCUCCCAGGAUGGGGGUCGGCACCCUGGAGCCAGGCCCCUACAGACAACACCUUCAGGCUGGUGCCUUGUGUCUUCCUUUUGAACUUGCUGCAGCGCAUCUCUGCCCAGCCCUCAUGCAGACAGGAGGAGUUCCUUGUGGGAGACGAGUGCUGCCCCAUGUGCAACCCAGGUUACCAUGUGAAGCAGGUCUGCAGUGAGCAUACAGGCACAGUGUGUGCCCCCUGUCCCCCACAGACAUAUACCGCCCAUGCAAAUGGCCUGAGCAAGUGUCUGCCCUGCGGAGUCUGUGAUCCAGACAUGGGCCUGCUGACCUGGCAGGAGUGCUCCAGCUGGAAGGACACUGUGUGCAGAUGCAUCCCAGGCUACUUCUGUGAGAACCAGGAUGGGAGCCACUGUUCCACAUGCUUGCAGCACACCACCUGCCCUCCAGGGCAGAGGGUAGAGAAGAGAGGGACUCACGACCAGGACACUGUAUGUGCUGACUGCCUAACAGGGACCUUCUCACUUGGAGGGACUCAGGAGGAAUGCCUGCCCUGGACCAACUGCAGUGCAUUUCAACAGGAAGUAAGACGUGGGACCAACAGCACAGACACCACCUGCUCCUCCCAGGUCGUCUACUACGUUGUGUCCAUCCUUUUGCCACUUGUGAUAGUGGGAGCUGGGAUAGCUGGAUUCCUCAUCUGCACGCGAAGACACCUGCACACCAGCUCAGUGGCCAAGGAGCUGGAGCCUUUCCAGCAGGAACAACAGGAGAACACCAUCAGGUUUCCAGUCACCGAGGUUGGGUUUGCUGAGACCGAGGAGGAGACAGCCUCCAACUGAACAAAUUCUGGGUGACAAGACACCGAGGAGACGUUGGUGGGAAGUUUCCAUAUGCUAUUGGGACAUGGCAGAUGCCCUGGCUGGUUCAUCAUCACACAACAGUGGAUAUGUGGUCAUGGCCCAGGGUCUAGGAGUUGCUUUGCCAUUCUUUUUUUUUUUUUUUUUUUUUUUUUUUGUUUUUUCGAGACAGGGUUUCUCUGUGUAACCCUGGCUGUCCUGGAACUCACUUUGUAGACCAGGCUGGCCUCGAACUCAGAAAUCCUCCUGCCUCUGCCUCCUGAGUGCUGGGAUUAAAGGCAUGCACCAAUAUGCCCAGCUGCUUUGCCAUUCUUAGUGUUAAAUGGGUGCAUCUUCUCCCAACCAAACACUAAGAGGUGGUGAUCCAAAGUCUAUACUAGUGACAGCUACCACUGACCCUAUGUCUUACUUCCCAGCUCUUCCAGUCAGCUUAUAACAGCUCUGCCUAGGCCUGUAACCUAGCCUAACCAGCUCAGCCUAUAACCUAGGCCUCUGCCUGUCCUGGAAAUGUUAAACCUAGGCCUGCUUAGUCAGAGGGCUGCUGAGCACUGCCUCCUGGGGCCGGGGUACAUGUGAGGAGUCAUGAACAUGGCAUUAUUAUAGACUUUACUUUGACAUUUCUGGGGCUGGAAUCUUGCCUGUGUCAGGCAAGUGCUUUUAUUUCUGAGCUGUAUUCUCAAGAUUCUUUUACCUGAGGCAAAGUCACAUGAUCAUCUGGGCCAACUGUGGACUCCUUCUGUAUCUUGGGUAAGCCUUAAACUUGACCCUUCUUUUUUUUAUUAGAUAUUUUUUCAUUUACAUUUCAAAUGCUAUCCUAAAAGUCCCUGUACACUACCCCUGCCCUGCUCCCCAACCCACCCACUCCUGCUUCCUGGCCCUGGCAUUCCUUUGUACUGGGGCAUAUAAUAUUCGCAAGACCAAGGGCCUCUCCUCCCACUGUUGGCCGACUAGGCCAUCUUCUGCUACAUAUGCAACUAGAGACACAGCUCUGGGGGUUACUGGUUAGUUCAUAUUGUUGUUCCUCUUAUAGGGUUGCAGACCCCUUCAGCUCCUUGGGUACUUUCUCUAGCUCUUUCAUUGGGGGCCCUGUGUUCCAUCCAAUAGAUGACUAAGCAUCCACUUCUGUAUUUGCCAGACACUGUCAUAGCCUCAUAAGAGACAGCUAUAUCAGGGUCCUGUCAACAAAAUCUUGCUGGGAUAUGCAAUAGUGUCUGGGUUUGGUGGUUGUUUAUGGGAUGGAUCCCCAGGUGGGGCAGUCUUUGGAUGGUCCUUCCUUCCAUCUCAGCUCCAAACUUUGACUCUGUAACUCCUUCCAUGGGCAUUUUGUUCCCCAUUCUAAGAAGGAAUGAAGUAUCCACACUUUGGUCUUCCUUCUUCUUGAGUUUCAUGUGUUUUGCAAAUUGUAUCUUGAGUAUCCUAGGUUUCUGGGCUAAUAUCCACUUAUCAGUGAGUGCAUAUCAUGUGUGUUCUUUUGUGACUGGGUUACCUCACUCAGGAUGAUAUCCUCCAGAUUCAUCCAUUUGCCUAAGAAUUUCAUAAAUUCAUUGUUUUUUUAAUAGUUGAGUAGUACUCCAUUGUGUAAAUGUACCACAUUUUCUGUAUCCAUUCCUCUGUUGAGGGACAUCUGGGUUCUUUCCAGCUUCUGGCUAUCAUAAAUAAGGCUGCUAUGAACAUAGUGGAGCAUGUGUCCUUCUUACCAGUUGGAACCUCUUCUGGGAAUGUGCCCAAGAGAGGUAUUGCUGGAUCUUCCGGUCCAAUCUAUGUCCAAUUUCUGAGGAACCACCAGACUGAUUUCCAGAGUGAUUGUACCAGCUUGCAAUCCCACCAGCAGUGGAAGAGUGUUCCUCUUUCUCCACAUCCUUGCGAGCAUCUGCUGUCACCUGAAUUUUUUAUUUUAGCCAUUCUGAUGGGUAUGAGGUGGAAUCUCGGGGUUGUUUUCACUUGCAUUUUCCUGAUGAUUAAGGAUGUUGAACAUUUUUUUAGGUGCUUCUCAGCAUUUGGUAUUCCUCAGUUGAGAAUUCUUUGUUUAGCUCUGUACCCAUUUUUUAAUAGGGUUAUUUGAUUUUCUGGAGUCCACCUUCUUGAAUUUUUUGUAUAUAUUGGAUAUUAGUCCCCUAUCAGAUUUAGGAUUGGUAAAGAUCCUUUCCCAAUCUGUUGGUGGUCUUUUUGUCUUGACAGUGUCUUUUGCUUUAUAGAAGCUUUGCAAUUUUAUGAGGUCCCAUUUGUAUUACGGAAAAGUAAUUGUUGCUUCCUGUUAUUUUUGUUGUUAGAGUUGGGAUUCUGUUCUUGUGGCUAUUUUCUUUUUUUCUCUCUCUUUUCUUUUCUCUUUAAUUUUCUCUCUCUCUCUCUCUCUCUCUCUCUCUCUCUCUCUCUCUCUCUCUCUCUCUCUCUCUCUCUCUCUCUCUUUCUCUUCUUUUUUUCAAGACAGGGUUUCUCUGUGUAGCCCUGGCUGUCCUGGAACUCACUCUGUAGACCAGGCUGGCCUCAAACUCAGAAAUCCGCCUGCCUCUGCCUCCAAAGUUCUGGGAGUAAAGGUGUGCGCCACCACUGCCUGGUGCGGCUAUCUUCUUUUAGGUUUCUUGAUUUACUUUCUUGCUUUUUCUAGGGUGUAAUUCCCCUCCUUGUGUUGGUGUUUUCCAUUUAUUAUCCUUUUGAAGGGCUGGAUUUGUGGAAAGAUAUUGUGUGAAUUUGGUUUUGUCAUGGAAUACUUUGGUUUCUCCAUCUAUGGUAAUUGAGAGUUUUGCUGGGUAUAAGCCUGGGCUGGCAUUUGUGUUCUUUUAGUGUCUAUAUAACAUCUGUCCAGGCUCUUCUGGCUUUCAUAGUCUCUGGUGAGAAGUUUGGUGUAAUUCUAAUAGGCCUGCCUUUAUAUGUUACUUGACCUUUCUCCCUUACUGCUUUUAACAUUCUAUCUUUAUUUAGUGCAUUUGUUGUUCUGAUUAUUAUGUGUCGGGAGGAAUUUCUUUUCUAGUCCAUCUGCUUGGAGUUCUGUAGGCUUCUCGUAUGUUCAUGGGCAUCUCUUUCUUUAGGUAUGGGAAGUUUUCUUCUAUAAUUUUAUUGAAGAUAUUUAUUGGCCCUUUAAGUUGAAAAUCUUCAUUCUUCUCAUCUAUUAUCCUUAGGUUUGGUCUUCUCACUGUGUCCUGGAUGUUGACCCUUCUACCUCUGCUUUCCAAAUAACACUGUGAUUACCUACAUGAUCCUGCAAACUGAGGGGUGGGGAGUGGGGCUCCAGUGCUUUCUAUUCUUCUCGUGUGUGUGUGUUUACCCCAUUUUUCUAUCAGCCUAGGGAAAAUCAAGUUUUACCCUCUCACUGUUUCACCUGCCCCAGAGGAUUUACAUGCUCAGAGAAAAGUCUGCGGAGGGAUUGAUCAAUCUCUGACUCUACACCUCUCCUCAGUGUACCUGACCAGUCCGAGCUGGCCUUUGACACUUGUCCCUUAGUAGCUAGCCAUCUUGAGCUAAUCUGGACUUCACCAAUUUGGCUACAUUAGCCUACCAUUGAGCCCUGAGCCCCGGAUAUCUCCUUGGCUCUGUCUUCUUGGUGUUGGGAUUAAGGUACUAUGCCAAGCGUUUAAAGUGGAUCCUGUGGAUAAACUUAGCUUCAAGAACACAGGUCCUUAUGCUGCGGAGCAUGUACUGUAGCGAUUGAACUAUCCCCCUGGCUUUGCAUGAAUUUAUAACUUAUAGAAAAUAAAUAUUUGCUGGGCGUGGUGGCACAUGCCUUUAAUCCCAGCACUCGGGA